AUGGCUCUAUAUUCUGCUUCAGCUGUUGAUCUCGCUACCACCGAUUGCUUCUUGCUCUUCCACGAGACCAAGUUACCUCCUACAAAGAUACAAUAUCCUGAGUUUCUUCCAUCACCCAUUUUUCCAAUUGAGGAGGGAGCCGACCUCCACCAACACCAAGACCGGCAGCCCUUCUGCAACUCCCAAAUCACCAAAAAUGGUCGACGCGGCGACCUCGUCCGAGCCCAGCUCGUCUUCGACCGCAUGCCUUAUCGAGACGUCGUCUCGUGGACCGCGCUUCUUACUGCUUACGCCGAAAACGGCCGACUCUCCACUGCCCGUGACCUGUUCGAUCAAAUGCCCGACAGAAAUACCGCCGCCUGGAACGCUAUGGUCUCCGCUUACAUCCGAAGCUCCGACCUCGCGGAGGCCUUUCGCUUGUUCUGUGUAGCACCCAGCAAGAACCUGGUCUCGUUUUCGGCGAUGAUCUCGGGUUUCGCGAAGAAAGGGAUGAUGGAGGAGGCGGAGGAUGUUUUUAGGGAGAUGCCCGGUGCGUGGCGGGACCCGGUCGGCUCGAACGCUCUGAUUAAUGGGUACUUGAAGAUUGGCAACAUGGAGGAGGCGGAGAGAAUAUUUAGAAGAAUGUCGGUGAGGGACGUGGUUUCUUGGACCUCCAUGGUCGAUGGCUACUGCAAGUGUGGGAGGAUGUUCGAAGCACUACAGGCUUUCAGUUGUAUGCCAGAGAGGAAUGUGGUCUCCUGGACAUCCUUGAUCCGGGGAUUUCUGAAGAACGGAAACUGGGAAGGCGGCAUUCAGCUGUUCUCGCAGAUGAGAAGGGACGGCGUGGGGGUUAACUCUACGACUCUCUCAGUCGUUCUUGAUGCCUGCGCUGAUUUGGGCAGGAGCGAAGAAGGGCUUCAGGUCCACGGACUCGUGUUGUUGUUGGGUUUCGUGGAUGACGUCUUCGUAGGCAAUUCGAUUAUAGUGAUGUACUCUAGAGUCGGGUGGAUUGAUGCUGCUAGGAGAUGGUUCAAUGAUAUGAGCAGCAAAGAUGUGGUUUCUUGGAACUCGAUCUUGGACGGGUACGUUGAGCAUGGUUACAUAGAUGAGGCUUUUGCCAUUUUCGAGGCAAUUCCGGAGAAGGAUCAGGUUUCAUGGACUUCCAUGCUGGUGGGCUUUUCCAACCUGGGGUGGAUGAACGAGUCUGUUGGGCUCUUUGAAGCGAUGCCAGAGAAAGACGACGUUGCUUGGACUGCCAUAAUUUCGGGUUUUGUAAGCAAUGGGGAAAAUGCUACUGCAUUUAAAUGGUUUCACAGAAUGAUGAAAGAAGGAUUCAAGCCAAAUCCAAUGACUUUAUCGAGUGUAUUAAGUGCUUUAGCCGGAUUAGCUAUCUUAAAUCAAGGAGUGCAGAUCCAUGCACUUGUUGUCAAAUUGGAUUUGGAGUCGGAUCUCUUGAUCCAGCCGUCCUUAGUCUCAAUGUAUUCAAAAUGCGGGGACUUGGGCAAUGCCCAUCGCAUAUUUUCAGGAAUCAGUGAACCGAGCAUUGUCGCAUAUAAUGCAAUGAUAACGGGACUCGCUCAGCAUGGUUUCGCAAGGGAAGCGCUUGAAUUGUUUACUAGAACAGGGACAGAUGGCUGCUGCAAACCCAACCAGGUCACUUUUUUGGUAGUUCUUACGGCCUGCUCUCAUGCAGGUUUGGUUCAAGAAGGGUACCAGUAUUUCGAAUCCAUGGCAUCUUGCUAUGGCAUCGAGCCAGGACCCGAUCAUUACACCUGCAUGAUUGAUCUCCUGGGCCGCUCUGGUUUACUACAAGAAGCCAAGAAGUUGAUUGAUUCCAUGCCAUUUCAACCUAAUUCAUCAGCUUGGGGAGCUUUGCUUAAUGCCAGCAGGCUCCACUCCAACCCUGUCCUUGCGAGGCUAUCAGCUGAGAGAAUUUUUCAACUGGAGCCUAACAACGCCACAGCUUAUGCGAUGCUGUCUAACAUAUACUCUGAGGCUGAAAGGAGGAUGAAUGGGAAGUGAGGAGGGCAAAGAGAUCAAAUAGGGCGAAGAAGAGUCCAGGUUGCAGUUGGAUUUCAUUGGAGAACAACGCAUAUCAACAAAUCAGAGUGUAAACCUAUUAAUUUAAUUACAGUGACAAAAUAGAAGAGCAAGAACAGAUUGGAGCCAGUCAUAGCCAGUGCUGUCGACGUUUGUUUAAUUAAUUAUUUUUAGUCCAGUGUCUGCUCGGCAUCGAGGACUGAAAUGUGAAGCUGAUAUUUAUGGCAAAGAGCAAAUUCACUGUUCUCGUUGCAGAUAAGUGACGAAACCUUUUUAGGGUUCUCUUGCACCAUAAUAUAUCAGAUGUCGGAAGUGAGGUUA